CUCUCUCGUGUGUGUGUAUGUGUGUGUGUUCUUUUAUGUGACCAAAAUAACCUGAGGACAUUUUGGCUGGUCCUCACAUUCUGACUGAGGACUGAGAAUUUUAGGGGGUAGUGUUAGAUUAAGAGUUAACGUUAGGUAUUUAGUUAUGGUGGUUAAGGGUAAGGGAUUAGGGAAUGCAUUAUGAGUGUCCUCACUGUGAAUGUUGUGCAAUGUGUGUGUGUGUGUGUGUGUGUGAGAGAGAGAGACAGAGGUUUACUCACAAACUCUUCUUCCUCCGAGGUGCUGCAAUCUGCUUUACUCUGAAGUUUAAGGCGGACGAAUGGCAGGAGAAAACCUCAGCGACUCACUUCCAGAGCUGAAGGAGGUGGAAAACAAGCUCGGCAGGAAAACGCCAGAGAGUCUCCUGACUUGGAUGAGGGAUGCUGCGAGCUGCGGUGAUGAUGUGGACGAUGAGUGGAGAGACCACAGCUCUGCCUCCAGUGGUCGCCUUUCUGACAGAAUCCUCACUUUAAAACAAGAGAUGAGGUGGCUGCGCUCUGCCGAUGUAAGGAUUCUGCGGCAGCUGGUGUCGGUGCAUGAAGGUAUCGAGGCCACGCGUUGGCUGAUGGAGGAGCGAGGAGCCUUCGCCAGUCGAGGCAGCAGCUUGACAAGCAGCCUGAGCAGCCUGGAGCAGGCACCAUCAGUGACCUAUGGCAGGGAAAGCCCGAGUCCAACCGGCCUACAGGAAACAACUGGUGAGGAUUCAGCGGGUCAUCGAUCACCACACACUGACCACAACAGCUCCUUGGAUGUUCUUCGUCCAGAGUCUUCAGAAGUGACUCCAUUCACUCUCUCUGACCCCUCACAUAAUCCUGCCCAUGGUUCAGUCAGUUUAAAAGAGUCACAGUCGCAGGACUGGGACACACGUCUGUCUGAAGACAUCAAAGUUAGUGCUGGUACCAUCACAAGAGCUCUGCUCAGAUCCAGAAAGUCAAGAGGAGAAGUGAAAGAUAGUAGUUUUCCUCUCACCCCGGAGAAGGCGAGUGCACCUAAAAGAGAGGAGCUUCUGCUGGGGUAUGAUGCUCAGUGGUGCUGGGUGGAGUCGCAGGAUGAUGUGACGUUUCUAUGAUUUUUAUGAUGAAGGAGUUAGAUUUCAACUGAAAUGCACUUUGAUAUUAAUCGUGUGUCCUUUGAAUAAGAAGCAUGUUUCAAGACAAAUACCUGUGUCAGGGAUUUAGUUUGGAAUGUUUACUUUAAAAAGACUUUCAAAGCCUAUCCUGUAUUUGUGACCUUGUGUAGUAUUAUGAUUAUGGAUUUAUUUAUUUUCCAUACCACUCAUGAUGGGACUGGUGCAACUCAGCUACAUAAGCCAAGUACCAAAGUAACAGAGCAACAACACAAUUGUAAAAUAUAUAACUAGAGAAAGCACUCACAGAGGACACACCUUUACUAAGUUCCCCACAGUGUCAAUAUAGGCGAAGCUCCAGAUUCUGAACAAACUACACAGUAUUAUUGACCCAUAUGAAGUAUUAGGAAGUAUUAUGGAUUUAAAAACUACAUUUUAAAGUUCUUAAUGAAAAUGUUGAAAACUCCUCUGCCGUGCAUGGUUAACAAUUUAUCCUCAAUGUGACCUGAACACAAAGACUCAAGAUGAUGCUGAUGUUCAACUUACAUUUUUGACUUAUUAUGUUUCUGUAAUAAACCAGACAAACGCUG